AUGGCACAGCUCAAGGUACUCAUCGCCGGCGGCGGGAUUGCUGGCAACGCCCUCGCCUACUGGCUAUCUAAAAUCGGCCACGACAUCACCGUCGUAGAGAGAUUUCCCUGCCUGCGAGCCACCGGACUCCAGGUGGACUUGAGGGGCCACGGUGUCGAGGUGCUGAAGCGCAUGGGCCUCGAGCAGGAAUAUCGCUCCAAGAAAGCCCCAGAGCAGGGCAUUCUGGUUGUUGACAGCUCAGGAAGGCGAAGGGCAACCUUUCCCGCAAACCCGGGCAGUUCAAACUCUCUCACGACUGAUUUCGAGAUAAUGAGAGGAGACUUGUGUCGUAUGCUUCACGAUGCGGCGGUGAAGCACCGGACCAAGUUUGUUUUUGGGAAAUCAAUCGAGAACUUCCAGCAAGACAGGAACGCAGUCCAUGUGAACUUCUCAGAUGGGGAGUCUGACAAAUUCGAUCUCGUUGUCGGGGCCGAUGGCCAAAACUCUCGGUUGCGCAAGAUGAUGCUUGGUACUGGCGCAUCAGACCGGUUCUAUCCUCUUGGCGGUACCUUUGCGGCCUACUUUACUAUACCCCGACCAAUUCAGAAAGGUGAAGAAUAUGUUGCGACGACAUACAUGGCCCCCGGAAAGAGAGCCAUUAUGACCAGGAGAGCCAACCCGGAUGAACUUCAGGUGUAUCUGUUCUGCCAAACCGACUCGGAUCGUCUCAAGAAUGCUCAUCUGAAAGGUUUGGAAGAGGAGAAGGCCGCAUUCGAGGAGAUCUUCCAGGAUGCCGGGUGGGAAGCAAGGAGUAUCUCGAGCCAUUUGAAGACAACUGAAAACUUCAGUUACCAAGAGCUGGGCGUCGUCAAGCUUCCAUCUUGGUCUCAGGGGCGGAUUUCUCUGGUGGGAGAUGCAGCAUUCUGUUCGUCAGUGGCAACUGGGAUGGGAACUACAUCUGCAAUGGUGGGAGCCUAUGUCCUAGCUGGUGAGAUUGGGAAACACUGCGGCGUGGGUGAGCACGGCAAUGGCGAUGGCAUUCCAAGAGCCCUGGAAGCUUACCAGGAGACAUUUCACCCGAUGAUAAAUGACAUUCAAAAAGGUCUGCCCGAGAAGAACGUUUUCAAGUCUAUGCCUUCGUCUUCCUGGGGGGUCUCCAUUGCCAACUUUAUCCUUAGCACGGCUUCCUUCCUGGGGAUCAACUCUUUCGACAUCCCUGAGUAUGGGUCUAGCUGGAAACUUCCAACAUAUAAGGAGCUGUCCUAA